AUGACUUUCCGCACCACAGCCGAAGAAAUGGAGAGACUUCAACUAUCAGACGACGACUCCGAGGUUUGGGACUCCCCGUCGAAGCGGGGCACACACAAGAAGUUCACGCCGAAAGCUUCCGACGAGAAGGUUACACCUGAACCUCGCGCCUCCCAUGAUACAGCCCACGAAGGCGAUGAUCCCCUUUACGAUCGCCAAGAGGCACGCGAAGCUGCGCUACGCGCCGAGCUACAAGGAGUGCGAAACAUCAACCAGGUCAUUGAGGGACUUUUAAGCAGCUUGGAUUCUGCAAAGGGAAACAUGGAGACGGUCUCUCAAACAGUGACAUCAGCCUCAACUCUUCUCAAUACGUGGACCCGCAUUCUCUCUCAAACCGAGCAUAACCAACGACUGAUCCUCAAUCCCAACUGGCACGGCGCUACCCAAGAUGUAGCUGAUAUCGAACACGAAGAAAUUAGACGACAGCAGGCAGCGGAACGGCGUGAACUGGCACUUCAACAACAAAGAGAAGCCGCCGCGCGGAAGGCCGAAGAAAUUGAAGCACGACGGGCGCAGGUCACCCGGGGUACGCGGGGCACCGCUCGAGGGACCCGAGGAACCACCACUAGAGGCACAGUCCGGAGUACUGGUCUUGGACGCACUCCCAGCGUCAGCACUACACGGACAGCGACACGCGGAUCUACCACUACUCAACGACCAGCCAGUGGAAUUGCACGCGGGAGCGGGAUCUCUCGUGGGCGGGGCAAGGUUUAA